AUGUGGGCACCUAUCACCUUCGACCCGCCGCUGGGCAGCACCAUCAAGCAAGCUAGCGGGCCUGGCAACACUUAUCACGUUUUAGCACACAACGUGCCUCUUCAGCUGCUAGCGCCAGAAGGGGCAGAGAGGCUGGAAGUUUGGCACGAUGGUGGAAAAGGAGAAUGGUGUGCAACGCCUUUUGCUCCAAUCGAGACAAACACGAUAGAAGUGGCCCGUACGACCCGACCAGCAUCCGUCGCAGCUGGCCAAGCGGCGCUCACCUUCCACUUUCAAGACGCCGAACUUGCCAACUCACUGCAGUUUACAUAUCGCAUUUGCAAAUCUGACGGUCGCACAGAAUGGCUGGGAACCUCUGAUGAUAACGUCAAAGUGGUGUUCUGCGGCCGCAAGAAGCAACUGAAGCCUACCUUUGAGCAGGUAUUCCGCACGCAACUUAAGGUGCGCACCCAGAGCAUCGCCGAUGGCGAGUCAGAAGCGGCGCUGCACAGCCUGGUAAGACUUUCCAUCCCGAUAGAAUCUGCCGACGAUCGAAUGCACCUCGGACAGCUUCACGGGGUCCAACAAGUGCUGGUGAUAGAGCAUACGCAGUGAGUUGGCAUACAGGCCGGCGAGGUGUUGGGACUCCAAGGUCCUGGGUUCUCCAAUGCAUCUCUCAAGCGCCGGCCUACGGACCUUGCUCACACCCUUUAUCACCAUCGCUCAGGCGCACUUGGCACACCUCACGCUUGUGUCAUGCUCACGAGGUAUCGCAAUACCAGCCAGCGCCCCUGGUCGUUGCGAAGCUCACUGAACAUCCUGAUAUGCUCGCCGUCUUCAUUGCCGUUUCGACAGGUGGUAGCAAUGUCGGACUGCUCCAAUCUAUUCAAAGGGAAUCAAUGCAGACGCUCUCUCUAGACGUACUGGUCAACUCGGACUCUUUCGACGGCUCGCAGUCUGCUGACGCGCAAGGUGCUAUCGUGUAUGCUAGUCUUUGUGACUCCACGUCCCUCCACUUCGCCAUUCGUUUACUCCUGGGUCACGCACGUGAGACUUUUGAAGCAAAGAACAGCGCCGAGGUCCGAAGGCGAGGUCCUAUGACAUCAGACGGACAGCAGAUACAAGCCCAGCGACACUGCUCGGUCACGAGCGACACUCAAGACAUUGAUACAAGUGCUAGCGACAGCGGCUACAUCAGCGCCACUUCACCAGAGCUGGAGUUCGCGAAAGAGCUUGUCUCGCCAUACACGAGCCACAACGACCCACAUGCUAGCCAUGUUACGCCGGAAAGCGUGCCACGAAGUAGCUCUCCUGUUGGUUUGCGACAAGAACGUUCGCCUCCAAGCUACAGCGCAAGCGUCAGUGACUUGGACGAUGACGCGGAGAUUGGCGCUCAGCAAUCUCCAUCGUGGAGCGAAGGUGGCUUGAUGCUGUGCACCUGGGAAGCCUUGAAUCACGAGCGACCCUUCCUAUCAUCUGUUCUGGCAGCAUUAGCGUCAUUGGAGCGACGAGCUCCUGGCGCAUGCACAUCGUUGUUACUUGACGAUGGCUGGGCAGACACAAUCCGCGACGAUAAAUCCGCGGGAAGAGGGCUCAUGUCUUCAAUGACGCUGGCCUCGGAGCUCUUGGACGAAGAGUCACCCGAAGAUCCUUCCCCGCUGGCAAGCUACAUCAGUGCAGUCCACGCAAGCUUUCCUAACGUUCGAGACGUUGGGGUGUGGUUGACUCUCGUAGGCUACUGGAACGGUCUUUCUGUGGCUCUUGCCGAGAUGUAUGGCCCUCCUGUAUGUGCGACGUUACCGGGCCCUGAUGGCCCGGUGCCGGCUUUACUGCCUGCCCUUGAGCGCCUGGGCGACUUUUGGGAUGACAUGCUAGCGGGGCUGGUGGAUGCAGGCGUCACGUUCAUUAAGUUGGACGCCCAAGGAGAGCUAGCCGGCAUGCGCAUUCAAGACGAGUGGCUCGCUGGCCAUGAACCUGCGUACAAUCGCGCUGCACGAGCAGCGUUCGAGAAUGCGAAACAGCGUUGGCUGCCAGCACCACACACCACCAGCAGCGUCAUCCACAGCAUGGCCAUGGGAAAAGCUCAGCCCACUGGUCCGGCAGCUCUGGGCGAAAUGUCAGCGGGCCAAUGGCGGACGACUGACGACAUUGUGCCCGGGCACGAGGCCGCUGCUCGUUGGCUGUUGGUCCAUGCUUCCAGGAACAUCAUGCUGUUCGAGGGCUCGAUGCACGUUCCUGAUGCGGACAUGCUCUGCACCAGCGCACACGCCUCCGUCUCUUCGUGUGAAGCAAAGGCACAAGCCGCGUUCAGAGCUUUGUACAGCGGCGCCAGACUCACCAUAUCUGACCCGCCUCUGCGAGCUUCAGGCGAACUCGAAGAGGACGCCCUGUCGCCUCUUCUAGCACCGAUCAAGAGUUCUCAAGGGAGCACUGGGCCAUUGCGCACGCUUCAAGCAGCUAGCCAUGCACGAUUGCUACACAGCAAUGUUUUUGAAGAUGUCACGGGCGAUGCCUCUGGUGCAGCCUUGCUGAUGGUUCAGCCCAACGCAUUGACCAACAAGGGAGACUCAACUUCUUUCUCGACCAUCGGUGGAUGGAAUACGCGCGGACCAAAUGCACGCGCUGUCGGUCAUCUCUCGGUGUCUGACGUGGCCUACGCUCUGAAGAGCCACCCGUCACAAAUAAGCAAGUUUACCGACGUUCUUGUUGUGUGCAACGACGACGCUGAGAGCUUCACACUCGUAUCUGCACAAGAGCUCACACGGGCUUCCUGCGGUAUGGUCAAGCAUCUAUCACGACCCGUGCUUGCCUACAAUCUGGCGCCGGGCUGCUGCACGAGCUGGAGAGUUGUUCCCCUAGCGCUCUUGGACGAGCAAACCUUUGUGUGCACUACAGGCCUUGCGAACAAGUAUCUUGGUUUGGGUGCUGUUUGUACGAGCUACGCGGCGCCACAGGAAUCAUCGCCGGGACCUCCCGAAAAGUCGAAGUCCUCUGCCAAUCUGCGAGAAUCAUCGACGAGCGAUGUUGGCGAUUUGACAGACCUGCCAUGGUCCGCUGUGUUCGCUGCCCUAGCCGUCAUGACACUGAAUACGUUGGUCGGCCUCUUGAGCGCUCAUAUUUUGCUGGCGCCGGUAGCACUUACUCUGGACCUCGCGACCAUGGGAAUGCGUCAACGAGCAACGUACAGCGGCGUCCCAGCUCCCCUGUCGCGCGCGUACAUCCAAACGUCAAGCAGGCACUCCACUUCGUUCGCCCUUAGGCUGCCCUAUAUUGGCAUGUUGGGCGCCCUGAAAAUCUCUUUCCCUCCAAGAUCUAGAGCUGGCACAGAUGCCUCGCCAAAACCGAGACUGCGUCCAGACAAAGAUGAGGUGUUGCACUUCGACGUUGAAGUCAGCAGAGCAGGUGAACUCGACUUUGUGGUUGUCUCAACAGCGACAGGUCCACUUCUAGAAGCGGAGGCACACAAACGGUACACGAUGCAGAUUGAUGGGUUAGACGUGGAUGCAAAUUUCCUCAAGAUCCGGCCGGUCAGGAAAAUUUCUCCUCAAGGAUGCUACAUCUACUCGGAACUUGACACGCAUGCCAGGUCGGCAAUCAAAGUCAGCGUCGACAUGCUAGCAUUUCUCGGGAGUCGAAAGAAUGGUCAAGGCCACGAAAGCGACUCGCGGCGACAGCCUUCUUCGUCACCAGCAACGUGGCUGGUGACGCUGAAGCUUGGCUAG